AUGAAACCACCUUUCACUGCUCCAGAUCCUAUGAGAACAUAUAACAUUAUAUUAAAAGGCAUUGAUCUUAUGGAGUUUCCUAGAACAAUAUCAAAAAAUGCUACUAAUCUAAUCAAAAGAUUAUGUCGGGAUAAUCCAGCAGAAAGAAUAGGUUAUCAAAAAGGCGGUAUUAAAGAACUUCAAAAGCACAAGUGGUUUGACGGAUUUAAUUGGGAUGGUUUGAAGAAUCGAAAUCUUGUACCACCUAUCUUACCAAGAAAAUGA